GGGACGCGCGACCCCGCGAUGGGCCGAGGGCCGCGGCUGGCGGCGCUGCUGGCGCUGCUGGCGCUCGGGGCCGGGGACCCCGCGGCGGGCACGGCGCGGGAGGACACCUUCUCGGCGCUGACCAGCGUGGCGCGCGCCCUGGCGCCCGAGCGCCGGCUGCUGGGGACACUGAGGCGCUACCUGCGCAGGGAGGAGGCGCGGCUGCGCGACCUGACCAGAUUUUAUGACAAGGUGCUUUCUUUGCAUGAGGACCCGACAAUCCCUGUAGUGAACCCACUACUUGCCUUUACUCUCAUUAAUCGUCUGCAGUCUGGCUGGAGGAACGUGGUGCAUAGUCUGGAGGCCACUGAGAACAUCCGAGCUCUGAAGGAUGGUUAUGAGAAGGUAGAACAAGACCUUCCUGUCUUUGAGGACCUCGAGGGAGCAGCGAGGGCCCUGAUGCGGCUGCAGGAUGUGUACAUGCUCAACGUGAAGGGCCUGGCCCAGGGUGUCUUCCAGAGGGUCUCAGGCUCCUCCAUCACUGACCUGUACAGUCCCAGGCAGCUCUUCCCCCUCACAGCAGAUGACUGCUUCCAAGUAGGCAAGGUGGCCUACGACAUGGGGGAUUAUUACCAUGCCAUCCCAUGGCUGGAGGAAGCCGUCAGUCUCUUCCGAAGGUCUUACGGAGAGUGGAAGACAGAGGAUGAGGCCAGUCUGGAAGACGCCCUGGAUUACUUGGCCUUUGCCUGUUUCCAGGCAGGGAAUGUUUCAUGUGCCCUCAGCCUCUCCCGAGAGUUCCUUCUCUACAACCCAGAUAAUAAGAGGAUGGCCAGGAAUGUGUUGAAAUAUGAAAGGCUCUUGGCAGAGAAUGCUCACCAGGCGGUGGCUGAAACUGUCAUCCAGAGGCCCAACGUGCCUCACCUGCAGACCAGAGACACGUACGAGGGGCUAUGCCAGACUCUGGGCUCCCAGCCCACACACUACCAAAUCCCCAGCCUCCACUGCUCCUACGAGACCAAUUCCAGCCCCUACCUGCUGCUCCAGCCUGCCCGCAAGGAGGUCAUUCACCUGCGACCCUCUGUCGUUCUCUAUCAUGACUUUAUUAGUGACACAGAAGCUCAGAAAAUCCGAGAGCUUGCAGAACCAUGGCUCCAGAGAUCAGUGGUGGCUUCGGGGGAAAAGCAGUUACCAGUGGAGUACCGCAUCAGCAAAAGUGCCUGGCUGAAGGACACAGUUGACCCAAUGCUGGUGACCCUUGACCACCGAAUUGCUGCCCUCACAGGCCUUGACAUCCGGCCUCCCUAUGCAGAGUAUCUCCAGGUGGUGAACUAUGGAAUCGGAGGGCACUAUGAACCUCACUUUGACCACGCUACGUCUCCAAGCAGCCCCCUGUACAGGAUGAAGUCCGGGAACCGAGCUGCAACAUUUAUGAUCUAUCUGAGUGCAGUAGAAGCUGGAGGAGCCACAGCCUUCAUUUAUGCCAACUUCAGCGUGCCUGUGGUCAAGAACGCUGCACUGUUUUGGUGGAACCUGCACAGGAGUGGAGAGGGAGAUGGAGACACACUUCAUGCUGGCUGUCCUGUCCUGGUGGGAGAUAAGUGGGUGGCCAACAAGUGGAUUCACGAGUGUGGACAGGAAUUCCGAAGACCCUGCAGCACCAACCCUGAAGACUGAGCACUGGCAGAUGGCAGCUUGUCACCGGUGAAGAGCAGCUCAGCCUCCUGAAGGAAGGCCUCACAGCAAGGCCUGUGAGUGGGAGUCCAGGGAGGGUCUCUACCAGGAACUCCUCUCACCCCCAAGAAUUUACAUUUGGUCUACUGCAGCUGUGAUACUUAGAAUAGAAUGAGUAACACAAGAGGUCUACGUGGUUUCUAGUGCUCAGACGCCCUUGGGAAUGAAAGGGUGAGCUCAGUAUAGAACACUUGUUUAGCAUGUGCAAAUACAUACCUAGGUUCUGUUCACUAGCACGAACAUAUA